CUGGGAGUGGGGAGAAGGUUGUUCAUCAAAAAAAAUUGUUUUGCUCACUCCUGAACAGUGGAGACUUUCAAGAUACUGCAUUGCUUUCCAGCAUGACUUCAUUUGAAUAGAAUCUCCUGGUCUUUAAAAUGGGAAUAAAAAGAGUAUAUACACCCAAGGCUGACUAGUGGAAAAUUCAAGGUAUUAAAUUUUAGAGAAAUGGAUUUAAUUCAUUUGGACCUCAGAUGCCUAUAUGCCAUUGUUAUUUGUACAGCAUUUGGCUCUACUCAUUCUUCAAACGCUGAGAUAAAAGUUAAUCCUCCUCAAGAUUUUGAGAUAGUGGAUCCUGGAUAUUUAGGUUAUCUCUAUUUGCAAUGGCAACCUCCAUUGUUUCUGGAUAAUUGUAAGGAAUGUAUGGUAGAAUACGAACUAAAAUACCGAAACACUGAUAGUGAAAACUGGAAGACCAUCAUUACUAAGAAUCUACAUUACAAAGAUGGGUUUGAUCUUAACAAAGGUGUUGAAGCAAAGAUACAUACGCUUCUGCGAGGACAAUGCACAAAUGGAUCUGAAGUUCAGAGUUCAUGGUCAGAAGCUACUUAUUGGACAUCACCUCAAGGAAAUCUGGAAACUAAAGUGUGGGAUAUGAAUUGCAUAUAUUAUAACUGGCAGUAUUUACUCUGUUCUUGGAAACUUGGCACGGGUGUCCAUUUUGAUACCAAUUACAACUUGUUUUACUGGUAUGAGGGCUUGGACCAUGCAUUACAGUGUGCUGAUUACAUACAGGGUAAUGGGAAAAAUAUUGGAUGCAGGUUUCCCUAUUUGGAAUCACCAGACUAUAAAGAUUUCUACAUCUGUGUUAAUGGAUCCUCAAAAUCCCAGCUUAUCAGACCCAGCUAUUUCAUUUUUCAGCUUCAAAAUAUAGUUAAAUCUUUGCCACCAGACUAUCUUAGUAUUAUUGUCAAGGAUUCAGAUGAAAUUAACCUGAAAUGGAACAUACCUAAUGGACCCAUUCCAUCAAAGUGUUUCAUUUAUGAAAUUAAGUUCACAGAAGAUGAUACUACUUGGGUGACCACCACAUUUGAAAAUGAAAUAUAUGUCAGAAGAGCAUCAAAUGAAAGCCAACAAUUAUGCUUUUUAGUGAGAAACAGAAUGAAUAUUUAUUGCUCAGAUGAUGGAAUUUGGAGUGAAUGGAGUGAUACACAAUGCUGGAGAGAUGGCAUGUGGAAGGAAAUUCUGCUAUUUUUCUUGAUACCAUUUGCUUUUGUCUUAAUUUUUAUUCUGUUAAUAAGUUGCCUGCUUACUUCUAAACAAAAAGCUUUACUGAAAAUGAUGUUUCAUACAAAACAAGAAGUCUUUUCUCAUCAAGAGACACUCUGUUGACUCAGUCAUUUUGUCUUAUGGCCAAAUGUUAAUUAUGAGUCUUAUUAAACUGAAAAUUUCCUCCAAAUGUUUAAUAAACCUGAUUUUAAAAGCAUUGUAUUUAAGUAGUCUUUAGAGUAUUCAAACCAUCAUUCUAGUAGUAAAUUUUCUAGAUUCUAUUAACAAGUUUUUUCCUCAUUAAUAAUAUGUGGUGAGGGUGGUGCAUUUGCAGAAGUCAAAGGAUGAGUCACAUUCUAUUUAGUGAUGUACUAAUUAUUAGCAGUGGAAAAACAGUG